AUGGCGGAGAAUAAGGAUUUGGAUGCAUUGGUGACAGUGCUGAAUAGUGUGAUUUUGACCAGAGCCACGAAAGGAGGGGCAAGAAUUGUUGAUAUCAAAAAAGAUUAUAAGGAUUUGUGUGGAAGUGACAUAGAUACGCGCAAAUUUGGGUUUGAUGGGUUGGAAACACUUCUCAAGGCAUUUCGCCACAAGGAGACAGGUGGUUUGGUGAAACCACCAAAGCAGCUGAAAGCAUUGUCCAAUCGAUGGCGACAGGAAAAACUCAAGAAAGGAAGACCGCUUCGUAGACCAGCACAUGCAAUUGGACCGCGACCUGGAUUUCGUCCCACGCCCAAUCGACCGAACUUCGGUCCACCGCGAGGAUUCGUUCCUGGGAAUCAGCAACAGUCUUCCUCAAAGCCAUUUGCGCCCAGAAACGAUAUGGAGUUUCAUCAGAGCGCUUCCGAUGGUAGACUUCCUCGUUUUGACAAUGCACAACAACCCCGCAAGCUCAACAAGGAUGAACAGGCCGUGCUUUCUAAAGUAGGUGAAGGUGGUGGCAGUACGCAGGUUCGCCCUGUCUUUGGAUUCGGGUGA